ACGCAUCCUUGGGAUAUCUUUGCACGUGCCCCAUCCAGGAAGAAGCUCUGUGAUGUAUGGAUUGUGCAUUUGCACAUUCAAGUCAGACUCUUUAUAAGGCAUAGAUAGAGAUCAGGACUGGGAUGGAAGAGCCAGCACCAGUGGAAGGCCAGACCCAGCUCUCAAGCCCCCACCAGGGCUCACUGAGGAAGGCUGUGGCUGCUGCCUUGGCCCUGGAUGGGGAAUCCACAAUGGGUCGCAGGAAAAAGAAGAAGAAAGAAUCCCGCCCAGAAUCCAUCAUCGUCUACCGCUCAGACAACGAGAAAACGGAUGAGGAGCCUGAGGAGUUGGAAGGUGGAGAGCAGCCUAAAGAGGAGGAGGGAGACGAUUUCCUAGACUAUCCUGUGGAUGAUGGUGUGUGGAACAUGCCUUUCGACAGCCGCUAUGUGACAUUAACUGGGACCAUCACACGUGGGAAGAAAAAGGGUCAGAUGGUGGACAUCCAUGUCACAUUGACAGAGAAGGAGCUGCAGGAACUGACCAGGCCUAAAGAGUUGUCAAGGGAAGCAACAUCAGAAGGAAGAGAGGCCUGCCAAGUGGGAGCUGAUCGUGGGCCUCAUGUGGUCCUCUGGACGCUGGUCUGCCUGCCCGUGGUCUUUGUCCUCUCUUUUGUUGUCUCUUUCUACUAUGGCACUAUCACCUGGUACAACAUCUUUCUUGUGUACAACGAGGAGAGGACCUUCUGGCACAAGAUCUCAUGUUGCCCCUGCCUCAUUCUCUUCUAUCCAGUGCUCAUCAUGGCUGUGGCCUCUGCCCUGGGCCUCUAUGCCGCUGUGGUCCAGCUCUCGUGGUCCUGGGGAGCAUGGUGGCAAGCUGCCCGGGACAUGGAGAAGGGCUUCUGUGGCUGGCUCUGCAGCAAGCUGGGGCUGGAGGACUGUUCCCCCUACAGCAUUGUGGAGCUGCUUGAAUCCGACAAUAUCUCAGCCACUCUCUCCAACAAGGACCCCACCCAGGAAGUAGAAACCUCCACUGUCUAAUCUCCCCAAAACUUACUUCCUUCUCUGCCCCAGUAGCCUAUAUAUGAUCUUAUAAUUCCACCAGAUUCUUUCCUUAAAUUAUCCCCUCCCCACCACAGUUCUUCUGGAAAAUCUUAAGCCCAUACUGAUCUGUCCUGCCAUCUUGAUGGUUCCCCGAGGAGAGCAGGGAACAGAAUAGCAAUUUGUGCUAAACCAGUCCAUCCAAUGGACAAACUAUUCUUGAUUCUCUGCCCUAAAAUGACCAUUUAUCAGGGACAAGGAGCUCCACUGUGUAUCAGUUUAAGAGCCUGAAGAUGUUACUGGUGCCUGGACUCCAGGGGAAUGUGUGACUUAAUGUGACAGGGAGAAUAAGAGGCUCAGGAGUGAUCAAGUCCACCAAGGGUAUGGAGUGAAACAUUUGGGAAGCUGGGCUGCCACAGUGUAGCAGAAAGUAAAGAUUGGUGUGUAUCAUUUAGAGUUAGAUUUAGCUGUAUAUAAUUAAAACCCUAAAAUAUCAGUGGUUUAAACAA